AUGUCGACUCCACGGAACGGUCAUCGCGUCACCAAGAAAUGCUCCAGAGCGUGUGAGAGAUGUCGGUCAAUGAAAGUCAAAUGCUCCGGCCGGCAGCCAUGCGCUCGGUGUGAGCGUCAGAGCGAGACAUGUGUAUAUGCGCCGGGCAUUAAACGAGUUCUCGUCCCUGAGAGGUCCGCCAAUAGAAUCCAUUUUCCUGGUCACUCGGGGUUCAUCUUUGUGCUGACCUCGUGUCUUGCUCUCUGUGCUGCAGCUACCUUUUGGAACUUCAACAAUCACAUCAGCUGA